CGCUUCUUCUCUCAAGAUGGCCGACAAACUCCCCUCGGAGUUCGAUGUGGUGGUGAUAGGGACCGGUUUGCCGGAGUCCAUUGUUGCAGCUGCUUGUUCAAGGAGUGGCCAGAGCGUUCUACAUGUUGAUUCAAGAAACUAUUAUGGAGGAAACUGGGCCAGUUUCAGCUUUUCAGGAUUAUUGUCCUGGAUAAAGGAGUAUCAGGAGGAGAGUGAUGGGGAAGAGUGGGCAGCAUGGCAAGAGCUGAUACUGGAAACAGAAGAAGGCGUUGCUCUUCGUAAGAAAGACCAGACCAUCCAACAUAUAGAAGUCAUUUGUUAUGCCAGUCAGGAUUCAGAUGAACAUGUUGAAGAAGUCGGUGCUGUGCAGAAAAAUCCUGCCUCUGUGACAUCUGCUAGCUCAAAUGACCCUCCGGACUCCAUGCUCACAGCUUGCUCUGAUACGUCUGAAUUAACAGCGCUGCUCAGUGAGCCAGAGACUGCACAGGAAGAACCUGAUGUAGAUGUGACACUGGGGAAUGAAAACCAUGGUGGUGAUACGGAUUGUAGCCAGUCACCUUUGGAACAGGAAAAAGCUGAAAAUGUACCUGUAGGAGAAGAUGUUGUUGAUGCACCCAAGAAGAAUAGGAUUACUUACUCCCAAAUUGUUAAAGAAGGCAGGAGAUUUAAUAUUGAUUUGACCUCAAAGAUGCUUUAUUCUCGAGGAUUGCUAAUUGACCUUCUAAUCAAAUCAAACGUCAGUCGAUAUGCAGAGUUCAAAAAUGUCACCAGGAUUCUGGGCUAUCAAGAAGGGAAUGUGUUACAGGUACCUUGCUCCAGAGCAGAUGUUUUUAAUAGCAAGAAACUCACUAUGGUAGAAAAGAGAAUGCUGAUGAAAUUUCUGACAUUUUGUUUGGACUAUGAACAGCACCCUGAUGACUACAAAGCUUAUGAGGAACACACCUUUUCAGAGUUCUUAAAAACUCAAAAGCUGACCCCAAGCCUUCAACACUUUGUCCUUCAUUCCAUUGCAAUGACAUCAGAGGCCUCCACCAGCACAUUGGAUGGCCUCAAAGAAACGCAGAGCUUUCUUCGGUGUCUUGGACGGUAUGGCAACACUCCCUUCUUGUUUCCAUUGUAUGGCCAAGGGGAGCUGCCCCAGUGUUUCUGCAGGAUGUGUGCAGUAUUCGGUGGAACCUAUUGUCUCAGCCAUGCAGUACAGUGCCUUGUAGUGGACAAAGAAUCUGGAAAAUGUACGGCAGUCAUAGAUCACUUUGGUCAGAGGAUAAGUGCUAAGUAUUUUAUUGUUGAAGACAGUUACCUUACUGAGAAAACCUGUUCAAAUGUGACCUACAGGCAGAUCUCGAGGGCGGUGCUGAUUACAGAUCGAUCUGUACUGAAGGCAGAUUCCGAUCAGCAGAUUUCCAUUUUGACAGUGCCACCAGUGGAGCCAGGAUCUGCUGCUGUCCGGGUCAUUGAGUUGUGCUCUUCCACCAUGACAUGCAUGAAAGGAACAUAUCUCAUCCAUUUGACUUGUCCAUCCUCAAAAAAAACAGCAAGAGAAGAUUUAGAGCCAGUCGUGCAGAAAUUGUUCACCCCAUAUGCUGAGGCAGAGUUGGAAAAUGAAGAACCAGAAAAGCCAAAGCUUCUGUGGGCACUCUAUUUCAACAUGAGAGAUUCUUCAGGCAUCAACAGAGAAUCCUAUAAUGACUUACCUUCAAAUGUAUAUGUCUGCUCUGGACCAGAUUGUGUUCUGGGAAAUAAGCAUGCUGUCAAACAGGCUGAAACACUUUUCCGGCACAUCUCACCAAAUGAAGAGUUCUGCCCCCCUCCACCAAAUCCUGAAGACAUUGUUUUUGAUGGAGAUGCUAUGGAACCAGAGGUUCCUGUACCCAAGCCAGAGGCUACUGAAGAAAUCACACGCCAAGGAGAUACAGAAGAACACUCAGAAAAAUAGACAACUGUCAGACCUGGAGCCCUACUUGAAGAAGAAUCCUCAACGUCCGAAUUGUCUUAAUAUAAGCAAAGUUAGAAAAUGACUGAAAAGCAAUAGCCACCCCCCCUUUUGUUUGUGUAGGGUUUUUGUUAUUGUUGUUGUUUGCAAAAUUAUAUGUUAAAAGAAACCAGAAGGGCUCUACCCCAGCCUCCCUUGAAGAGAAGGGCAUUGUUGCACAAAGUCAAACCCACACUUUUAGAAGACAUUUCUUCUCUUUGUUUUAAAAUGUCAAAGCUUUUAAAUGAACAGAUAAGAGUUUUCCAGGGCUUUGUCUCCCAGGAGUCACUGUCCAGGUUAAGGAGCCUGAUGAUGAAUUAUUAGUUGUGUGUAAUGUUCAGACAGUUUUCCCUCCAUUUCCUCAGGUUCAGUGGAGUCAUUCUCCAAAGGCUCAGCUCUUUGGAAUACUCAGCACUGCCCUGUCUUGUUUCCAAUUACAGUGUUUUCAUUUGUGGGCCAGUCACAAACAUAUUCGUAAAUAAGUAUAGUUUAGAAGAACUAAGUUUACAUUAGCAAACCAUCUUUGCCCAUAUUUAAGGACUUUUUGCAAUCUGUAGAAGCCCCAAGAUACACUGUCUUCCUCUUACUAGCUAACAGUAAGUUACAUUGUUUAAGCAGAACGGUUAUCUUCUUGUUUGGAAUCUUUUUCUUCAGUAAGAAACCUCAGUAAUAACUAGGAUCAGAAGCAGUGACGGCUUUGAAACUAAGAUUUAGGUUAGUUCUUAGUAAUGAACGAAACAAUAGAGAUGACUGGCAGGAGCAGCACUGACCUGAUCGACAGCUUGGAGACAAAGAUUAAGUCCUUGCUGUGCCAGUCUCUGGCUUUGGGCAAACCCUUUAACCUCUUCGUGCCUCAGUUUUUCCACCUGUAAAAUCGUAAUAAUAAUUUCUUUCCUUGUGUGCUCGAUGAAAAUGCUAGGAUGGGGACAGCUACGUAGUGCAGUGGAUAGAGCACUGGCCCUGGAUUCAGGAGGACCUGAGUUCAAAUCCGGCCUCAGACACUUGACACUUACUAGCUGUGUGACCCUGGGCAAGUCACUUAACCCUCAUUGCCCCGCGCGCACACACACACACAAAAAAAAAAGAAAAGAAAAGAAAAAGAAAGAAAGAAAAUGCUAGGAUGAUAAAAUGCGUUUGUGUAGAAUAUAAAGUUUACUUUUUUCAGGGGAAAAUGUCUUCUAAAGUUUUUAAGCCUUCUCUUCUGAUUUUUGAUUUGAAAUGAGCAGUUCAACACCCCACACAGUAAGGCAGCCCCAGGCUUCUUGAGAAAAUAACAAGAUCAUCCAUAACUGUUCUUAUUCCCGUGUACUAAGAUUUUGAAGUGAAAAUGCAUUGUCUAAAUGUAUUUAUCUCAGCAUGUCAGUUUAUCUUCUAAGUAGGGGGCAUUUCAUAGCCCCUCUAAGAUAUUACUACAUUAAGGUAUGACUUUUAGCUCUUUGAAGGAAAGGUACCAUGUAAAUCUAAGUCAUAUUCCUUUCCUCACAGGCACAUCCCAAACUAGUGAACAAAACUUUACAGUGAGUCAGUCCUAGGGUGUGUAUAGCAGAAAUAACUCCACAUCUAAAGGCCAAAGUCACUUAUGAUAACAAUGCCUUUGUGUAUAUAAGAGAUUGCUAGAUCUAGGCAGAAGACAGCCCCCCCCCCCACCUUGGGGGCAAUAGUCAAUAUCUCUAGAUUCCAUUAAAAAAAAAAAGAAUUAAGAAUUCUAAGUUCAUUGGAAUGAGAUUUGAACUGUUUACUGUUUUUCUUUCUAAAAAAAGCCAUGGCUACAUAGGAAGGCACAUGUUUCAGCAUACCUUAGCUGUAACUUGUCCUUGAAUUUCCCCACACUAUAGGAAUCUGCAAGGAAGAAAGCUGGUGCUUUGAUCAAUUCUCUCCCUGGGAAGAGGGAGGAGCAGAAUAUUGGGAGUAUGCACAGGUAAUUUGGAAAGCAGGAAGUGUAGCAGUCUUAACCCCUUCCUCUUCACCUUGCCCCUCUCACCCCGGCUCCUCACCAUGUCCUUGGCACUUUCAAGGCUAUUUGCUGCCCGUGAAUAGUCUUCCCUAUUUGAAUCCAAAACCUUCCCUAUUCUGCUCUUCUGAUUUUAAUGUUACACAUUUCACCCCUUAUAACAUGUUUGUUAUAUGGUUUUAUAGUUCUACCACUAGUCACAUUGUAGCCCCUGAAAACCAACUGCUGCAUGCAAUGAAAACCUAAUAUCUCUCUCUAUAUAUGACCCUGUUAGUCUUAGAGCUCCAGGUAUUAGUUUUGUUCCUGGACACUAGCAAUAUAAAAGGGUUCUACUGUAUGUGAAUAUUGGGUCAGGAUACAAUUGCAGUAGGCUGCAAUGGGAAUCUUUUGGUUCAUUUUCUUCAUCCUAAGUUAGCUUCUUAAGUAUAGUACAUAAAUGUAUGCAAACCAUAAGCAAAUCAGGGUAACCCCAGAUAAUAGGAACAAAAAAUCAUAGUACUGUACUUUGGGUUUGCUCAGUAGAAGAGCGUGGGCUGUACUAUAGGAAGGCUGAAGCUAUGGCACACCCUGUUUUAGCCUUUAACCUGUAUGGGCAUAGCCUGCCCAGUUACUCUAGGUGCUUGGUGAGGAUUACUUAUGCAAGGGGGCUCCCUGAGUCUGCUAUGGAUAAUCUCCCACCUGACCUUGAAGUAUAAAACAUUUUGAAUCAGGGUCAUGUUGACGUCAAUGCGUGUUAUAGACCUCAACCUCAUUGCAUAAUUGCCUUGUUGCAUCAGAAUGUAAUAGAAGUUAUUCUUUUGGGGCUAUCUGUGUUAAGUACUCCUAAUAAAUAUUGUAUUUAAGGAGAAUUCUACGUUUAAAAGGUUUGUUAUAGAAUCUACAUUCUCACCUGUAGUUUACUACAUGCAGUCUAUAUCGGUUUUUAUAAAGGAAAUUUAUACAUGAUUAAAAACUUGAAUGAUUAAUUAAAAAAUUGGAAACACCAUUUUUCAAAGACUCAGUUUACUUCACAUGUUUAGGAUAACAUGUUUGGCAAAACUCAAUAAUGUUAUUCAUUUCUGCAAUUAACAUGGGAACCAGCUUUGUUGCUGCUUUUCUGUGUACUCUUCCUGUCCCUAGAAGUGGAUUUAUAUCCCACAGGUAAGGUAAUUUUUAUCAUCAUUAUUAUUAAUAAAUAGCUAAUUCAAGUUUAUAAUUUCUUUUCACUCUCACAUAUUCAUUUUUGUUAUAUCCAUAGCUUUUUCAGUUGACACCAUUUAUAAAGGCCUAGAGCGGGGCUUUUUAGCUUGGGGGAAGGGGUCCUAGGCACCUUUGGGAGUCUUAUGAAACAAAUGGUCCAUUUCUUAUAAUUGUGUUUUUAAAUGCAUACAAUAAAAUACAUAGGAUUAUGAAUCAAGCAUAUUAUAUUGAAAUAUAGUUAUCAAGAUAUAUUUUUUUAAAGCUCACAGACACUGAAUUAAUAACCCAUGGCUUAGAGACAUUUGGAAAUGGGGUGGGGGGAACAAGCUAAAAACCAGUUUCAAUUGCUAAAUAAUAGUUAUCUUUGAGAAAUGGAAUUAUCCAAUCAGCCGGCCAAGAAGAAGCAAGAAUUUAGUGUUGUUGUUCUUUGUCUUUAUUCUCAGCUGAUGUUCCUGUGUUUAUAUCAGAAAGUAUCAAUUAGGGAACUCAUUUGCACGCUGGAGCAAACAGCAGCAAGUUUUCAUAGGAAAUAAGGAAAAAAUAAUCAGCUCUUAUUGCCUUUCUUUACUGGGGACCCUAUUUCUUUUCUUGUUCACUUUUUUGUAUU